AUCCCUCCAUCUUGUAUGAGGCGAUUUGCAUUGGGAUCUGAUUCUUUUGUACUAUUGAAAGAAAAUUGAAGUCUCCAAGUCAAAGCCAAGGAAUCAAAACCCUCAUCUCCUUCAUCCUCUUUCAAUUUUUUAUAGCUGAUUCGUUGGCACUUCGGGACUCUCUUAAUUUUCUUACUUUUCCACUAAUUUUUAGCUCCACCCAUUUCAAUUUCUCCAUCUCUAUGGCCUCUGCACCCUCCUAAAUCCCUCAUUUUCACUUUUCCACUCCUUUUGGAAUGUGGGUUCUUGUGUUCUUCACCCAUCCUUUGAUUUUCCUUCACUUCCCAUUACGAUUGCUACUCAGCAGUUGUUGGGAUCCGACCCCUGAAUUCGGCAAGUGAUUUUGUUCUUACCCUUUUGUGCGAUUUCUGAGUUUCGUUAACUCUUGCUCUGUUUUCUGCUUGAUUCCUUUAUUUUGAUUUCCCAAAUUGGGGUUGAAAUCUGUUAACUAGUUCAAGUACUUUGUUUACUGGCUUUUUCCCACGGAGAUUUUGGGCUGUUUGGUGGGUUUUGAAGCAAUGCACGUAACCUGUUUGAUAAUAUGCCUGUUCUUGUUGGUCAAUGUUUUGGGGCAGUCUGAUUUUGCUGCACUCUUGGAGCUCAAGAAGGGCAUUGUUCAAGACCCUUCUGGGCUACUUGAUUCAUGGGACUCAAGCUCUUUGGGUUCUAAUGGCUGCCCCAGUAAUUGGUUUGGGAUUGUUUGUGCUGAUGGCCGUGUCAUAUCUCUUGCUUUUGAUAAUGCUGGUCUAGUUGGUGACUUUAGCUUUGCAGCCAUUACAGGCCUUUCUUUGCUUCGUAAUUUAUCACUUUCUAACAAUCAGUUUACUGGGAGUAUUGUGAAAGUUGGUAUGUUCAAGUCCCUUGAAUUCUUGGAUCUAUCCCAAAAUCGGUUUCGUGGUUCUGUACCUGAUUUGUUGAUUGGUUUAGUUAAUUUGGUGUCUCUGAAUCUUUCUUCAAACCAAUUUGAUGGGGCUUUCCCUACUGGUUUUAGUAAACUUGAGGAGUUGAAGUAUGUAGACGUGCACGGUAAUGGCUUUUCGGGGGAUAUCACUCGCCUUUUGUCACGAAUGGGCAGCGUUGAGUAUGUUGACUUGAGUAGCAAUCGGUUUACUGGUUCAAUGGAUGCCGGAGUUGGGAAUCCGUCGUUCAUUUCGUCGAUUCGGUAUCUUAAUAUUAGCCAUAACCUGUUGAAUGGAGUGCUUUUUCCUCAUGAUGGGAUGCCUUAUUUUGAUAGCUUAGAGGUUUUUGAUGCUAGUAACAAUGAGUUUGUUGGCACCAUACCUGCCUUCAACUUCGUGGUCUCUCUACAAACACUUCGACUUGGACGAAACAAGUUAUCCGGGUCACUUCCAGAAGCUCUCUUACGAGAGAGUUCGAUGCUCUUGACCGAACUCGAUCUUAGCCUUAACCAACUUCAAGGUCCGGUUGGGAGUAUUACAUCGACAACUCUGAAGAAGCUUAAUAUAUCUUCAAACAAAUUGACGGGUUCCUUGCCCGCCACUGUUGGCUCUUGUGCGGUUAUAGAUCUUAGUAAUAAUAUGCUGUCAGGCAAUCUAUCUUGGAUUCAAAGUUGGGGAAACCAUGUGGAAGUUAUUCAGUUAAGUUCGAAUUCGUUGACAGGAACAUUAUCAGAUAAAUCUUCUCAAUUCUUAAGGCUUACUUUGUUGAAUGUCUCCAAUAACUCAUUGGAGGGUGUUCUUCCAGCUGUGUUGGGUACUUAUCCCGAACUCGAGGUCAUUGAUUUAAGCUAUAACCGGCUUAACGGUCCCGUCCCUUCUACCCUUUUUCACUCGGUGAAGUUGACUGAUCUUAAUCUCUCUGGCAACAAUUUUACUGGCCCUAUGCCACUCUAUGAGAGUAUAAAUUCUACUUCAAGUUCAAGUCUGAAAUCUCUUGAUCUGUCACGUAACUCGUUGACCGGUCACUUACCGUCGGAGUUGAGUACGUUCCACAGCUUGGUGUAUCUCAAUCUGUCCAGAAAUUAUUUUGACGGGAUCAUCCCGGGAAACCUUCCGAAUAGUUUGAAUGGCUUUGAUGUGUCGUUUAAUAACCUUUCUGGUGAAGUUCCUGAGAACUUGAUGAGGUUUUCUGAUUCAGCAUUUCAUCCAGGAAACUCCUUGCUAACUUUUCCUUCUUCCCCAUCAAAUUCAAGAGACUUCCCUGGUUUACCGUCGACAAUGUAUCAGUCUCGUAUAAAAACGAUCCUUAGAAUUGUUCUCAUUGCAGGUUUGAUCCUAGUUGCUGCAUUGGUAGUUCUUUUUUGUAUUAUACUGUAUUACAGGGCUCAAAGGCUCGACCAUAGCACAUCGACCAACGAUGGAAAAAAAGAUGCCUUGGAAGAAGCUUCUUCUGUUAUUCGUCAAUCUGAGACGAACAAGAAGAAGACUACAUCAACGCCUCCAUCUGGUUUUCGUCAAGAUCUUCUCCCACGAUCCCACCGAGGGGACGAUCAUGUCGGUAGCAACGUGUGGUCAGUUUCAGACAAGGCUAAAAAUGUUGGUUAUCAUGAAUCAUUAGGAAAAGGAGAAGGGAUAUCCUCACCCAUGUCUCUCAUGUCAUCUUCAAAUCCAUCACCUACAAAGAGCCAGCUACAUCUCGAUACUCCCCAGGCACUAAACGUUCGCUCUCCCGAUAAAUUGGCGGGGGAUCUACAUCUUUUUGAUGGCUCCUUAACAUUCACAGCCGAAGAACUUUCACGUGCUCCAGGGGAAAUUGUGGGGAAAAGUUGCCACGGGACGUUGUACAAGGCGACGCUCGACUCUGGACAUGUAUUGGCUGUCAAAUGGCUGAGGGAGGGAAUGGCAAAAGGAAAAAAGGAAUUUGCAAGAGAAGUGAAGAAACUUGGAAGCAUCAAACACCCAAAUUUAGUCUCCAUAAAUGGAUACUAUUGGGGUCCAAGGGAUCAUGAGAAGCUUCUUAUAUCAACCUUCAUAAAUGCACAGUCUUUGGCUUUCUAUCUUCAAGAGAUGGAGAGAGGAGGAGUCUUACCGUUAUCUCUACCGACCCGUCUUAAAGUCGCUUCAAACAUAGCUCAAUGUUUAAACUACUUACACAACGAGAAGGCUAUCCCGCACGGCAACUUGAAAUCCUCGAACGUUUUGUUAGAAGUUCGGACUAUGAACGCACGGCUCACAGAUUACAGUCUACACCGUAUAUUAACCCCGGCUGGCACGGCGGAGCAAGUUCUUAAUGCAGGUGCUUUAGGCUAUCGGCCGCCCGAAUUUGCUAGCUCGAGCAAGCCAUGUCCAUCACUCAACAGUGAUGUCUAUGCAUAUGGAGUCAUUCUGUUGGAGCUGAUAACUGGAAGAAGUUCAGGGGAAAUAGUUUGUGGGAUCCCAGGAGUUGUUGAUCUAACAGACUGGGUGAGGUACUUAGCUCGAGAAAACCGGUUCGACGAGUGCAUCGACAGGACGGUUCUGGACCUCGACGGUGAGGAAACGGUACCCAAACAGCUUGAAGAUAUGCUUCAAAUGGCUCUAAGAUGCACUCUACCAGCAGCUGAGAGGCCUGACAUGAAAACUGUGUAUGAAGAACUUUCAGUGACUGUGCAGUAGAAGGAAAAUCCAUGGUACAGAUGAUCUAACUCAAGUUUUUAUUGCUAACACCAUUGUUUUUUGUUAUCAAUAAGCAGUUGUUUCCUCAAAUUUGCGCCAUUUUUCGAGUCGAUCGGCCGUGUAAUUUGUUCUUUAAACCGAACUUAAUUGGAAGUACAUAGUCCAUAGUUCAUUCAUCCUUA